AAGAAAAAAAACACCGAAAAAAAAAAGGAAGCCUUCGUAAUGAUGGCAAAACCCAAAAUCUAGAGUGACCCUAUGCUUCUACGAGCUGUGGUGCGGCGGAUGCCGGAGCAAUCUCCGGAGAUCUGCGCUACCCUUCUACGGUGGCUACCGCAGCGACAACAAGCUCGAUGGGCAAGUGGGGGCUUUCCGCGCGGCCGGCCUCGGCCUACCAAACCUGGUUUCGCCGGUGGUGAGGGCAAGUCAGAGUGGUGGGUAGUUGACGGCGAGAUGCACGAGAUAGGAGAUCACGUUCCCCACCGAGAGCGCUUUGUUAUACCUAGAGAUAACCUUCCCAAUCGCCGCCGCAAGCAGAUGCGCGAGCAGUUCAUGCGCCGCACUCGCCUCGUCCUUAAAGAAUCGGAGCAUGAGCCUUGGUGUAAAAGGUACAUGGAACUAUAUAAUGAGCUUAGAGAGAAUUGGGAAAGGCUGUACUGGGAUGAAGGUUACUCAAAGAAGGUUGCUGAAGAUCAUGCUAAUUAUGAAUCUUCUGAGGACGAUGACUCGGACUUUUCACCUUAUAGGUAUGCUUGA